UGUUUACACGGGAUAAUGACGUUGACAUAUUCUGCAUGCUUUGUUUGUUGUGUUUAUAAAUAUAUUUAUAGAUAAUUUUAUCUACAAAGUGGUGUUUUUCUGUAAUAAAUAAAUAAUUUCUGUUGUUUUCAUUUUCAUCACGCGUACUCCGGAAGUAUAAUGAGAGGUCACAGUUCGUUGUUGUUUACGUUUUACAACAAUGGGAUCGUUAUCUUUUGCUAUUUAGAGAAGGCUGAAUAAUAAAUCGUUUUUUUGUUACGAUCAGCUAUACAACGGGUGAUUGUCAGUUCAUCUCACGGUGCGUUUUAAAUCGCAAUCUAUAAAGAUACUGUAAAAUAUCGGUUAUAGGUUUCAUUUACAAAUAGGUGAUAUAACAAAAUGAAUAAAUUGUGUAAACAACUUUCGAUUGAAUCACCUGGUGUUGUCACACAGGAAUGUGUUUUUAACACAACAGUUGAAGUGCCAGAAAUACCACCAAAUGGGGCAUUAAUAAAAGUGAUUUGUGCAGGUGCUUGUUAUCGUAUGCAAAAAACGCCUUCUUUAAUUAACACACCAGAAUCCCCAAUAACUUGCUGUGGAUUUCGAGAUGGGGCUUUGUUUCCUGGAUACGAAGUAUCAGGAAUUGUGGAAGCUUUAGGUUCAGAAUCUUCAAACCCAGAGAUUCAAAUUGGGUCAAGAGUGGUUGUGUAUCCUUAUGAAGAUGUUCCUAAUGGUUAUCCAGAAUUUAUGGUUGUUCCUGACUUGAAAUAUUUAAUUCCAAUUCCUAAUUCAAUGUCAUUAAGUGUUGCUGCAAUGCUCCCUACAGGCGCUCUUUUAGCAAAAAAUGCUAUUCUUAAAGUUAAGGAACAUUAUGAUGAACAUGAAAGAAGUAAAUCAGGAAGGGUUUUUAAAGUUUUGAUUGUUGGAACUGGUGGGUUAGCUUUAUGGGCGGUUAAAAUUGCGGAAUAUUAUUUUAAAAGUCCAGAAUAUAAAGAUAAAAUACAAAUAACAGUUGCUUGUUUGAAUGAUGAGGGGUUCUAUCUUAAUGAGCUUAAAAAGGUUAAUUUAGUGCAAUGGAAUGAAGAAAUAUUUGAGGAAGUUUUACAUGAACGAACAUUAAAUGCUUGUAAUGGAUUAGUGGAUGUGGUAAUCGAUUUUGGCACAACAUCCAGAUCUUUACUUAGAUCCUUGCAAUGCUUAAACAGAAGAGGGGUGGUUUAUGUAACACAUGAAGUUGCUGAAAGUUUAUUACCAAAAUUUUGGAAGAUUUUAAAAGAGGACCAACUGUUUGUUUGCCCCAUUGAUGAUGGAACAUUAUCUCAAUUAAAAGAUUUGAUACAAACUGUUGCAAGACAUGAGAUAAUUCCACCAUCUCAUACUGAAUUUCCAGCAGAUGCAGCUUCCAUUGUUGUUAAAAAACUUUCACAAUCUGAAAUACAAGGGAGAGCUAUUUUAAGAUUUCAUUAUGAUAGUCAAUAAGUGUAAUACAUAUAAUUAUUAUCAUCAUUUGUGAUAUUUAAUGCGCUUUUAUUUUAAUAUAGUUCAGACAAUUUUAAUAACACAGUGAGAUUUUACCUAAGCCGUUAUUUAAAUCUAAUAAAAUUAAUGUUGUAACUAAA